AUGGCUAAAUGUCUAGGAAUUGCUGUCGGUCUCAACAAGGGCCACAAGGUCGUGUCAAAGGAAGUUGCUCCAAAACCAUCGCAAAGAAAAGGUAGAGCCACCAAGAGAGCACUAUUCGUUAGAUCCUUGAUCAAGGAAGUGGCUGGAUUGUCACCUUACGAGAAAAGGAUCAUCGAUUUGAUCAGAAACUCUGGUGAAAAGAGAGCUAGAAAGUUUGCCAAGAAGAGACUUGGAUCUCAGAAGAGAGCUAAGGGUAAGGUUGACGAAAUGAGUAACAUCAUCGCCGCCGCCAGAAGACAGCAUUGA